AUGGAUAUGGCUGAUGUAGCAGGUUUGGCAGAGGCUGCAGGAUCAAGAUUUAGUCAAUUGGAGCUGAUUGGAAGAGGAUCCUUCGGCGAUGUGUAUAAAGGGUUUGAUAAGGAGCUUAAUAAAGAAGUUGCAAUAAAAGUAAUCGAUUUGGAAGAGUCAGAGGAUGAGAUUGAGGACAUUCAGAAGGAAAUUUCAGUUUUGUCACAAUGUCGAUCUCCUUAUAUUACAGAGUACUAUGGUUCCUAUCUCAACCAGACAAAACUAUGGAUAAUAAUGGAGUACAUGGCCGGUGGCUCUGUUGCUGACCUACUCCAAUCAGGUCCUCCGCUAGAUGAAAUGUCCAUGGCCUGUAUUCUUCGUGACUUGCUGCAUGCAAUUGAAUAUUUACAUAAUGAAGGAAAAAUUCACAGAGAUAUUAAAGCGGCAAACAUUUUAUUGACAGAGAAUGGUGAUGUUAAGGUGGCAGAUUUUGGUGUUUCUGCACAACUUACAAGGACGAUAUCAAGGAGGAAGACAUUUGUAGGAACACCAUUCUGGAUGGCUCCAGAAGUAAUCCAGAAUUCUGAAGGAUACAAUGAGAAGGCAGAUAUCUGGUCUCUGGGAAUCACUGCUAUUGAGAUGGCGAAAGGGGAACCGCCACUUGCUGAUCUUCACCCGAUGAGAGUUCUUUUCAUUAUACCUCGAGAAAAUCCACCUCAGUUGGAUGAGCAUUUUUCUCGACCAAUGAAAGAAUUUGUUUCACUUUGUCUAAAGAAGGUACCUGCUGAGCGUGCAAGUGCCAAGGAACUACUAAAGCACCGUUUUAUCAGGACUGCUAGAAAGAGUCCAAGGCUUAUGGAGAGAAUAAGAGAGCGUCCAAAAUACCAUAUAAAGGAAGAUGGUGACACCGUUAAAAAUGGUCCUACAGCUAGAGGGGAGAUAUCUGAUACCGUGAAAGUGACGAGAAAUUUAAGAGAUGAAACUGUUCGAGCUAGUGACCAGGGUAAGACUGUGAAAAAUGCUGGAUGGGAUUUCAGCAUUGGAUCACAGGGUACAGGUACUGUUAGAAGUGUUGCAACGCUUAAACCACCUCAGGCAAGAGAAAAAAAGCUGGAAACCCCUGGAAGAGAGAGUAGUAACCAACGGUUCUCCGCAUCUGGGAAUGCACUUCAUGAAUCACGCGAAGAUUAUUUGUUGAAAGAUGGUAGAGAUUCAUAUGGUGAUGAACUCCAGGAGUCUAACCCUGAAGAUGAAGAAUUGACUGUGAGUGGGUCAGGAACUGUUGUUAUACGAACACCCAAAGGAUCUCAGUCAUCUUCUCAGUUUCGUGAUCAAAACUCUCUGCCUGGCAGCACAUACGCUUCUUAUGAAGAUGCUUCUUCCAGCGGAACUGUUGUAUUUCGUGGUCAACAUGAUGAUUCUGAUUCUCCUCGAACGCCAAAAUCCAGGCUGGGAAUUCAAGAGAGAACUUCAACUGCUUCGACUGAAGACAGUGCCAUUAAUCUUGCAGAGGCAAAGGCUGCAAUUCAAGGAGGGAGGAAAGGAAAUGCUAAAGAUAGGUCUGCACUUAACAAGAUCAACUACGAUGCGCACGAUAGAAGAGGGCAGAUGAUGAAUAGCUCUGAUUCUUCCAGACAAUCUAAUGAAUACAUUGAUGCACCAAAAGUAUUUCCGAGAUCAUCCCAAGCAAGUGAUGAUGAAGAAAGUGCAAAAGUUAUAGCACAAUCUGCGGCAUUAUCAAUAUUGCUUAUCCCUUCCUUAAAAGAGACAAUUGCUGAUGAUUCAGAAGGGUCUGCUGUGCGUGCAGUUGCAAAGUCGCUUGCAAAGUUGGAGAGCUUGAAGCCAGGAUCUUCGGAAGUUUUUGUCAGCAAAUUGCUUCAGCGAUUAGCAAGUUCAAAUAGUUCAAAGGAAUCUUCAUUGAAAGAUCUGCAGGAGCUGGCUGCCCGCAUUUUCACCAAGGGCAAGACAGCUUCUGAAGAAACACAGAACACAAAGGCAGAAGACAAGAAAAAGCAGCAGAACAAGGAAUUUCAAUCCAACGCAAACAUAAGCCCACUUGCAAGAUUUUUGCUCUCAAGAUGGCAAGGCCAAGUUUCACGCGAUCUCAAUCCGGCUUGA